AUGGAAACCAAAAAAAUUAAUACAAUUGUCUCCUGGUGGGCAAUAUUGUUUUCCAUGCUUGGAGCUCAAGGAUCGUCAUUCAAUGACUCAGAGAAAUCCAUACGUUCUGCAAAAUCGAAGGAGAUACAAACAUAUAUAAAUGAAAAUGUGGAUCCAUGUACGGAUUUCUAUGAGUUUGCUUGUGGUAAUUGGAAAACAUUAAAUCGAGCUAAUGAAACGGAGCCGAGGACAAGCUUUUUCCUGAAUGUUAAUAAGGAAUUUGAAAAUAAAUUGAAGGGAAUUUUGGACAACAGUAAUGAAGAGGACUUCAAUGAAAAUGAAAAGAAAGUGCAACAGUUUCACAAAUCGUGCUUGCAAAGGGAGCGGGAGCAAGCUGAGGAAUCCUAUAGGAACCAAUUGAAGGAAAUUAUAAAUGAAUUUGGAAAAAUGCCGGUACUGGAAGGAGGGGAAUGGAAUCAGGACGAGUUCAAUUGGUUGGAAACUAUUUCGAACAUUUCUUAUAAAUAUGGCAUCAAUAUUAUUUUUGGCUAUGAGAUAAUACGAAAUCCAAAAAAUGUUUCCAUUAACACUUUGGUGCUGCAACAUCAAAAGUUUGAGUUUCCAUUGGCAUUAUAUGGAACAGAUGCCCUGGAGAAUUUGUGGAGGAAAUAUCACACAAAGGUCUCUGAAAAUUUAAAGAAAUAUUUUAAUUUCGAUCAGAACUUAGCCGAUGUAACAGCUAAAGAAAUUCUAAAUUUUGAAGCCGAGCUAGCCAAAGGAGGAGCCAACAAUCGUUAUGGACCCGACGAAUAUUGGAGUGAAACAACUAUAAAUAAAUUGCAUCGAAAAUAUAUGCCCGAUUUGGAUAUGAAGCAAUAUUUUCAAAUGGCAUUUGGUUCGAUACCCGAAGAGGUUAUUAUUGAAAGAAAUGAGGCAUAUCAAUAUAAUUUGGUGGAAGUCAUAAAACGUACACCUAAAAGGAUAAUUGCAAAUUAUAUUUUUUAUAAUCUUGUAAAUCAUUAUGGAACCAAGGACUCAGAUUGCAUUGGAGAGACUCGAAAACAUUUUCGCAAUCUCUUGGAAAAUUUGUGGUAUAAACGCAACGAUUUAGAGGAAAUUGAAAAAUCGGUGUAUAAUAUGUUCGAAGACCUAUUAUCGGUGUUUAAUCGCACCCUAAUAUCCAAGAAAUUCAAAUGGGUAAAUCCUCGUGUACGCCGCUAUACCAUUGAAAAAUUAAAUGUUUUGGCCAUUAAUAUUUACAAUUAUGAGAAUGUAAAUUUCACCCAGGAAUAUGGAGAAUUGAAAAUUAAACCCACCGACUAUUUUGAAAAUUUGAAAAAUAUUUACACCAUCCAAAGUCGUAAAAAUCGUGAAAAAUUUAAUCAACUCUCCUCACCUUACUAUGAUCCUGCCAACAUGCCUCUGGGACCCAAAUACAUACGCCAAGAAAAUCGCAUACUCAUACCCCUGGCCGUGCUGCAACCUCACCUCUUCCGUUCAACAAUCUAUCCAUUAGCAGUAAAUUUUGGCCAAUUGGGUUUCCAUAUGGCCCAUGCCAUUGUACAUGCCUUCGAUGAUGAAUCACGUUAUGCAGAUAAAUAUGGCAAUGAGGUGGAUUGGUGGGAUCAUCGUUCGAAAGUAUUUUUCAAUGAUCGCACGGAAUGUUUUCGCCAACAAUAUCAGCGAUACACCUAUGCUGAUCAUCCCUGGCCAGAUAGUGUUGUACAAUCGGAAAAUAUUGCCGAUAAUGGUGGAAUACGGUUAGCCUAUCAAUCCUAUAAGACAUGGUAUGAGUACACAUUUCGUCCGCAGAAUAAUUUGGAUCAGGAACAGCUGCCAGAUUUAAAAUAUAAAAAUAAGAAAUUAUUCUUCAUUUCCUAUGCACAAACUCUAUGUGCGGAUAUUCAUUCUGAUUAUGCUGCUAUUGUUUUGGAUGCCGAAUAUAAUCCACCAGAGAGUGUGCGAGUACGCGGAGCACUGUCAAAUCUUGAAGAAUUUUCUCAAGUUUUUAGGUGUCCUCGUGGUAGUCCGAUGAAUCCUGAGGAUAAAUGCGGUAGUCGCCAUCACAAGGACAACAAGCGGCAAACAACAGCAGCAAUGGCAAUAGUAGCCAUGAACCUCAAAAAUCGACAACAACAACAGGAACAACACAGCAAUUCUGUUCGAUAA